AUGGUUUCCAAUUCUUUUACGCUGUCGAAACUGCUGCUUCUCCCUCUGGCCUUUCACCUCGUCAAUGCCGUCUGUCCAGCACGUCUAACUGCGACCCCCGGUCAGCCCGAUAUCGUUGACAACCCAGCUUGUCCUCGUGACCAAGGUAAAGCUGUCAUAGGACAUGAUGGCACACACUUCAUGCUUCAAUGCUGCACGAAGAAGCGUCCAGGUGCCAACCAGGUCGGGAGGCUCACGCAUGUCCAGUCCAAAAAGGACUGUUACCCGUUCAUGUUGGUCCCAGGUUAUUUUGGAUUAAUUAUCUUGCUUACUCCGAUGGCGAUCAGUGUCGAGUACGAUAAUAGCAAGAAGACGUGUACUUUUUUCACGCUGGGCGAUUUCUCCACCGAAGACGCGGGCGGUGAUUUGAAAGACUGGCUGUAUUUCAUUAAUCCUCCUGCACGGCCAGCACCAGACAACAUCACCCAUAUGUGUUCCACCGAUUGUCCUGCCGCCCAUGGUCAGAAAUAUGUUUCCGAUUAUGGAGAGCUCUUCCACAUGGAAUGUGGUAAAAGACACGGAACAGUGCCCUUCAAGGAGGAGAAAACACUGACCUACCGCGACUGUCUGGAUGGUUGUGCGAAGCUUCCCAAGUGUCUCAGUAUCGACUGGUCCAGCCGGACGAAGAUGUGCUACUACGGAAAACACUCGGGAGCGGCCCCGAUUGUGGCCCCGGCGUACAACAGUGCCUACUCAUUUGGAUGUGCUGGUGCUUGUAACAAAGAAGAUGAUGCUUGUGCGUGUGGACAGAGCAAGUCUAGCAAGUCUAGCAAGACUAGCCCUUAA